CCAGCCGCUGGACGACUUCAGGCUCCAUUUUGUGAGAAGCUGUGACGAAGCGAGUGUUGAUCCACCGACUGAUCCCAGACCAGUAACAGCUCCAGGCACAGACCGCCGACUCACCGACCGUCAACAAGUUAUCAUCCGAAAAGGAAAUCCAAUCUUAUCGUAUGUCCUCUAUCCAGAACCUCCAAACUUAUGACCCCUUUGCUGAUAAGGGUGAUGACCAACACCCAGCUGGGACUGAGGACUACAUCCACAUAAGAAUCCAACAGCGGAACGGCAGGAAGACCCUCACCACUGUCCAGGGCAUCUCCUCCCAGUAUGACAAGAAGAAGCUAGUCAAGGCCUUCAAGAAGAAGUUUGCCUGCAACGGGACAGUGAUCGAGCACCCAGAGUAUGGUGAAGUGAUCCAGCUGCAGGGUGACCAGCGCAAGGAUAUCUGCAAGUUCCUCACUGAUGUUCACCUGGCCAAGGAUGAGCAGCUCAAAGUCCACGGCUUCUAGAAGCUGCCGAUCGGCCCUCUCCCCGACUCUCCAGGGUGGCCAUUAACCCCCCUCCCCCCUUCCUCCUAUGUGCUGCUGUUGGCCCCCCCCUCGUAGUCCCACCAGCUCCUACUAGCUAACACAAGAUUUACCUCUUGACAAAUAUGGGACUCUGUAACACCGACCCCUACAACACCAGGGGGCAGGCUCGCUCUCACAAAGACACGCCACUGCAGCUCCACACAACAUCAGGGAUGAGUGGUGAUGACCCCGCCCACUUCCUCCUCCCCCUUGUUUAUUCCUUUAUUUUUUAUUUUUAGGUCUUGUGUCGCAGUAAAGACACUUCAUGUAACUUUUUGUUUUGUAUUCAAGGUGUUUCAAUAAAACAAUGAGUCUCCAUGUGUUGGAGUUGUGUCAUGGGGGACGGGGGGGGGGGAGGUCACAUCUGUUCCAACUGAUGUGGGUAAUUGAGAAGCCUGCAGCGGGGGGGAGGGGUCGGGGUUUGUCUGCAUGGUUUUUCAGUCUUGUUUUUACCUUAACAACUCAUUGCUGUUUACAUGUCUAGCUGCCUGCUCUCAGGCUAGAGAGCUGACUGUCUCCGGCAUCUUAAAUGUUUAAUUAAAUUAUUUGUUCAAUUAUUUUCCUGCUAAUGCAAGUUUAAAACUAAGUGGAUGUUCUCUGGUCAUAUUAAGGUCCGAGUGAGUCCUGUGUGGACGGCUGAGUCGGUUCACUAUGAUCACAUGAACCCUCUGGAGUGGGAACAAGUUGAUGCUGGUUUCUUUGGAAACACCAGUUGAGUUGGUUGAAAUAAGUAAUUUUGAAUUAACUAGUAAAUAAAGUCCUGCUCUGGUGGAUGACCAGCUUUCUCAUCCAAAAACAAAACUCAUCAAACCUGUGGUUAUUCACACUUGAACCUUUGAUUUCCUCUAUUGCAAUAAUGUAUAAAUAACAGUACGUAGUAAUGCAGUUAAAUUAAAGCCAUGGCCAGGUCACACUGUGCUCCUAUGACUGACGAGGGAUGGAGUGUUUUGCAAAAUCCACAUUUGGCUCAAUAAAGUUCAUGCAUUUCCUUCCA